UACGUGUAGUAGUCCGUGGUGCUAGUUAUUAUACAUAUCUGUGAUAAUAUCUUUAAUCGUAGUCACGGUCUUAGAAGAUAUCUUCUAAGACCGUGAUCGUAGUCAUGAAUCGUGUACAUGAUCGUGGUAGAUACUUGUUCUAUGAUACUAGUUAUUACUUACUGAUACUAGAUUGUUGGCUGCACUCUGCAGCAGCUGCUGUCGGGUACCAGCUAUAGCAUAGAGUAAAUUUAAAAUAGUAUAGUAUAGUAACUAACAACUUAUCUGUUAAACUUUAAAUAUUCCGUCAAUUUGUUGUCACUCAUUGUUUAAUCUGUUAUACUUGUUUCUGAACACAUUUUAUCAAGCCUGUCUUAACGGUUUUUCUGAUUUUCUCGCUAGUAGAUUAUUAUAACGUACAUUAAAAUAAUGUCGGGCUACGAUUCCCGGAGUGACGGACCCGGAUUUGUGGGAAUUCGAUUCUGUCAAGAAUGUAACAACAUGUUGUAUCCAAAAGAAGACAAAGAACAUAAAGUACUGUUGUACGCUUGUCGAAAUUGCGAUCACAGACAAAUGGCUGACAGCAAUUGCAUUUAUGUGAACAAAAUUAUGCACGAAAUCAAUGAACUUACUCAUAUUGUUUCCGAUGUAACGUCUGAUCCAACUUUACCCAGGUCUGAAGAUCAUCCCUGUCCAAAAUGUAAACACCGAGAAUCAGUAUUUUUCCAAGCUCAAACUAGACGUGCAGAGGAGGAAAUGAGAUUAUAUUAUGUGUGUACCAAUCCACAUUGCAUACAUCGUUGGACUGAGUCAUCAAUUUAAUUAUUAUAUAAUGGUUUUAUUUAUAUAUGUACUUUAUUAUGAACAACGAAAAAUAAACUAUUAACAAAAAA